UUGGUUCUUUUUUUUUUUUGAGCAGAUUAGAAGAUAAAAAAUGGGUGAUCACGGGGGCGGUGCGGAUAAGGAGGUGGAUGAGGAUUCCGACAUCUUGCCGCGCUUCAAAGGCUUGCCGAAUAUCGUCGAGGGUGUAGAGGAUAUCUUCUCGCAUUUGCAGAAGCGACACGUCUAUCUAUAUCCAGAAAAUGGCACCCACAAGAAAUGGGUGCAGCCGCAAAUUAUGGUUCUGUUCGCGACCGGAAAUCUGAGUCAAGUUGUUGAUACGGUCAUAAGGGAUCUGAAGCAUCCGAUUGGCAUCGGGCUGGUGACCAGCGUACUGGUGCAGGAGCCACUGCGUCAGGCAAUUGUUCGAAGACUCCGUAAUCGCAUGGAAUUAAUGGACGAGCGCAUAGAAAAUCAUCCAAAUUUUCAGAAUACCCUCAAGGUGAUAGACCGACUCAAUUGCAGAACUCUUUUUAUGGAAGAAUAUGAUCCAGCUGACAAGCAGAGGCUAAGUGGUGUUAGACAGCCGAAUUCGCCAAUUAUCGUUCUAGAUUUCCCCCAAAUCUAUUUUGGCGAUAAGCCCACGGCCAUUGUAACGCUAAAUACCUUUCGGACUCUCAGCGAAGCGAUCAAACUGUGCAAUCGCGAGGGCCUUCAGUUCGAUACGGUUUCGAUUUGGACCAACAAGCUAUCGGAGGGCUAUGAUAUGGUCCCGGCGCUAUCAAGGUUCCCAAAUUUUCGAUUCAAUUGUAUCAAUGUACCGUUCGACUCCAAGGUUAUGGUAGCGGUACGAAGGAAUUACCAUUACGAAGUUCUGGCAAAUGGCGGAGACUUAACGACCAUAGUAUUUCCCAUACGUCACUACUCCCACUAGUCCCAAGUCGAAUAUAUAAUUAUAUAUUCUUUGUUUGUU